ACAUAAAGUGGUAAAACUCAGUACCCAUUGGUCUUCAUUCUAUUGUAGGCUUACAAACUCCCAACCUAAAUCUUUAUUUAAUACUCCCAACCUAAAAGCUCCUUUCUCAUUGGCUUUUAGGAUCUGCUUUUAGAAUUCCCAUUUUUCACUUGACUUGUUUACUUUCUACAUUCUUCUACUAGCCUAGCUAGCUCCCUAGUGGACCACCAACCACCAACUUCUCAAACAUCAUCAGCAGAUUCAUUUUCAAAUAUGAAGGUUAGUUAAAUUAGUUAACAUCACAGUUGCAGUAUAUACUAAAGCUAUAUAUCUCUAAAUUGAUAAAUUGUACUAACUUUGUUUCUGGGUUGCAGUUCUUUAAUUGGAUGCAUAACAAGCUCAAUGGGGGACAAGGGAGCAGAAAGUCUGAUGCCGUUCCAACCACAAAUUAUAUAAAUGAAGAGUUCAAAGAUUGGCCAGAUUCAUUGUUGGCAAUUGGAACUUUUGGCAAUAGGAGCAGUGAUCUCAAAGAAAGUAUACAACCAGAACAAAGCCAAUUACACGUACAAAAUGAUCGCGAAGACGACGAUGAUGAGCAAAGUUGUUCUCCAGAUUUAGCAGAAUUCACACCUGAAGAAGUUGGCAAAUUACAAAAAGAGUUAACAAAAUUAUUAUCACGAAAACCGGUUAAACCUGAAUUAGUUGAGAUCAAGAAUGUUGAUGAUCAUAUUCUUCCAUUGGACAGAUUUCUUAAUUGUCCAUCAAGUUUGGAAGUUGAUCGUAGGAUUAGUUCGAGCAGAUUUAGCACAAAUUUGGAUAAUUUUGAUUACGACGAGGAAGAAAUAGACAGAACAAUAAGAGUGAUCAUAGGAAGAUGCAAGGACGUGUGCAGUAAGCAGAACAAAAAGAAAUCAAUUGGGAAGAAAUCAAUUUCUUUCCUUCUCAAGAAAAUGUUGGUUUGUACAAAUGGUGGUUUUGGUCCAGCUCCUAGUUUACGAGAUACAUUUCCAGAAUCAAGAAUGGAGAAGCUUUUGAGGACAAUGCUUUCCAAGAAAAUACACCGUCAAAAUGCCCCUCGCACAUCAACAAAGAGAUAUUUAGAGGACAAACAUCCACAAAGAGAAGAGCAAGAAGAGAAAAAACGAGAGAAAACUUGCGAUGAUGGAUCUAAAUGGGUGAAGACAGAUUCUGAUUUUAUCGUCUUGGAAAUGUAGAUAUCGCCUCUCUACUAGUUGUUCUAUUUCAAGGAAGACCGACGUAUUAUGAUGCACCAAACUUUUUAGGGAAAAGGGAUUAAAUUUAUUCCCUUUUAUUUCACCUCAAAUUUAUUGGUCAACUGUCCGAAAUUGAGCAACUUUAUCUUAUGUUAUACUUUUGGCCUAUUAUUAUCCACGUCGUUGGAAAAAGUCUCUUUUUUUUGCCUUGAACCCUAAAGACGGGGUGAACAUGAGACUUUUUAUAGGGACAAAUUCGACCAAAAAUCUUAAGGAAGGGGAAAUUGCUCAAUUUUAAGUAGUAUAGGGACAAAUUUGGAUCUUUUUCAACUUCUAUUUUCUUCAACCCGGUUGUAGUUUUCUUCAAAGAAAACACUUUUCUUGCGAAGAUUGGAUCCUUAUUUGGAGAGUUCAAUAAAUUCGUCAUAAAGAGACCCUCCAAUAUUGUACAAAGAUAGCAACUUAUUUAUCUUUUUGGAAAGGUGCUUGUCCUUUUUUCCAUGGUUGUAUCCAUUAA